UAGUUACAGUAUACAGCUUCCACUAUAUAUAUAUGUGCGUGUAAUUUGUGAGAGAAUGGAAACAGGCACUGAGAAAAUUCAUUCCUCGUUCAACUGUUUAUAACGGUGUCCCAAAUGGCAACGGUGCAUUUUUAUUUCAGCAACAAGUCCUGCGAUUGCCUAGGAUGCAAGAGGAAAAUUAAAAAAGUUCUGAAGAAGAUUAAAGGGAUUGAAGAUUAUAAAAUAGAUUCAGGCAGUGUGAAAAUUACAGGCAAACUCAACGAAGAAAUAAAAGACCAAGUCUUGGAAGCCUUGAAAAAGUUGAAAGGGCCUGAAGUGUCUGUUCUAGACCUAAAUGAUGCUGCUACCUACUCCACUGGAAUGGCGGGGGUGCCACAAAACAUUGCGGUUCAACCUAGUCCUGAAGCUGGACCUGUCCCUCAGCAUCCUGAAGCUGCUGGAGCUCAGGCUCAGCACCCUAUGCCUCAAAACGUGUCUGCAGCUAGAUCUCUCCCUCAUCAUCUGGCAGCUGGACCUGUUCUUCAUCACGGACAGAUCCCGUUGGUUCAAACUAGUCCUGAAGCUGGACCUGUCCCUCAGCAUCCUGAAGCUGCUGGAGCUCAGGCUCAGCACCCUAUGCCUCGAAACGUGUCUGCGGCUAGAUCUCUCCCUCAUCAUCUGGCAGCUGGACCUGUUCUUCAUCAUGGACAAAUCCCGUUAAGAGGGGCCGCUCAUGGAAACGGUGGACCUAGACCACAUGUGCAAGAACCAUAUGCGCCACCUCCAAGUUAUGGUGGACACAUUGUACAAGGACCAUAUGCGCCACCUCCAAGUUAUGGUGGACACAUUGUACAAGGACCAUAUGUGCGCCACCUCCAAGUUAUGGUGGACACAUUGUACAAGGACCAUAUGCGCCACCUCCAAGUUAUGGUGGACACAUUGUACAAGGACCAUAUGCGCCACCUCCAAGUUAUGGUGGACACAUUGUACAAGGACCAUAUGGAGUGCCUCCAAGUUACGGUGGAAACAACAUACAAGAACCUCAGUUUGGGUCUUCUUCUGGUUACAGCGAGUAUAGGCAGCCUCUAUAUCAUAAUGGACAUGGAUAUGGAUAUGCACAUGGACAUCAACCUCAAGAAAGAUUUGAACAUGAAGGCCAGUUUAGUGAUGAAAAUCCUAAUUCAUGCUUUAUCAUGUGAGUUCUCAUUCUAG